AUGGUGAUUGUGCUCAACAGUACGAUGGGAAGUUCGCUGCCCAGUCAAGCGAUACCUUUUAUAACCAAAGAUUGGGGUGUUGAAGGACAAAACGAACAGAACUUGCCAAUAUCGACAUAUUUAGUUGGUUACGUCUUUGGUCCGCUCAUUUGGGGUCCCAUGAGUGAGCACUUUGGUCGUCGAUGGCUCCUAUUGGGAACCUUUAUAUGCUAUUGUGCUUCUGUCCUGGCAUGCGCACUGGCUCCAAGUUGGUCGUUCCUGUUGGCAUUUCGGUUCUUGGCUGGCACAUUUGCAAGCUCUCCGCUCGCAAUCACGACGGGCAUAUUCGCCGAUAUAUACGGAGAACCGGUCGAAAGAGGACGAGCAAUGGCGUUUUUUAAUGCAACAACCAUUCUCGGGCCCAUCUUUGCACCUAUCAUAUCGGGUUGGACGGCACCUACGAUUGGCUGGCGAUGGUGUUUCUGGAUCGGCCUCAUCUACGCUGUGCUCAGCUUUAUACUCUUGUGCUUCCUUCCAGAGACAUUUAGCCCGAGAUUAUUAUCGAACAAGGCGACACGGAUGAGAAAGCAAGAUUCGUCGUUGAACGUGAUUGCAGCAUCGGAACGGGAUCCAUUGACUCCUACACGCUUUAUCACUGUUAUUUUAACGAGACCAAUCAGGAUGCUAGUGUCGGAAUCUAUUGUCAUGUGCUGCUCGGCUUAUCUGUCGCUCGUGUAUGCGAUCUUUUAUAUGAGCUUUAGAGCCUAUCCAAUCAUUUUCCAAGAGUUCUACAGCCUCUCCCCUGGGGUCACUGGGUUGUGUUUCUUGCCCAUUGGCCUCGGUGCGAUUUGCACACUCCCGGUAUUUUACUGGUACGAUUCGUAUCUCAGACGGUUGCGAGCGAGGCAUGUUCCCUGGGCUUUACGGGAGGAAGCCCGGCGGUUGCCCCUGGCUUGUCUCGGCGGGCCGCUAUUCGUGGUGUCCUUGUUCUGGCUAGGCUGGACAAGCAGAAACGGUGUGCAUUUUGUGGUCCCUAUGCUGGCUGGGCUCUUGUUUGGCUUUGGUUUUCAAUUCAUCAUGAUGGCCUUGUUGAAUUACCUUAGUGAUGCUUAUGAGAUUUAUGCGGCAUCUGCCCACGCCGUUGCGAGCAUGUGCAGAUCACUCUUGGCUGUCGCUCUCCCGUUUGCGACGUUACCUCUAUUCGAUAGACUGGGCAUCGCUGGCGCAUGCAGCUUCCUGGCAGGGCUAAGUGCCUUGAUGUGCGCAAUCCCCUUUUGGUUUAUCUGGAAAGGCGACGAGAUUCGGGCAGGAAGCAAGUAUUGCACAGCUCUGAAGCAGAAGAGUGACACCAUAAUAUAA